GCCGCGGACAAGUGACCACACACCCGCGAUCUUCUCGAGGAAGCCCGCAUGGAACGUCGCCCGCCUGCCAUGCACGUGCUCGUCGUGCUGCUCAUGCUGGCGGCUGCGAUGGCCAUGUUCAUGACGCCGUACGAGACCAUGCGCGAGCGGUACCGCGCCAACGACAUGGCUGGCCUCGAGCGCGCAGCGCGCGACGUGCUGGCAGCGACGAACCACGACGACGCGCAGCGCAGCCUCGCCUACGAGCUCUUAGGCGUCGCGCAAUAUACGCUUGGAAAUCUGCCAGCAGCGACCGCCACGUUUCGCACCGGCGUGCGCUGGUUUCCCGACCAUGCCGCCAUGUGGCUGCAUCUGGGCGACUGCUACUUGGGCCAGCUCAAGAUGCCACAGGCGCUCCGCGCCUACGAAGUCGCGAUUCUCGAGAAGCGUCUGAGCAACGACGUGAUCAAGCUCUUCAAGGCACGCAAUUGGGUUGCCAACUGGACUGACCACGACCGUGUUGCCGAUGAGGUGCGCGCGAUGGUGCUCCGCGGUUUGUCGCAGGUACAUAGCACAACGUGGCUGUCCCAUCUGGGCAGCAUCUUUGUGACCUUCUGACGUGGCACGCGGAGGGCACUUUACUCUCCAACAUUGUCGCGGCCGACUGCUACGAUCUCUCGCCGGCAGCGACGCUCGCGCUUGCUCGCCACGCCCUUGCGGCGCAGAGCAGCUCGCACCAGAUGCCUCCUUGCGACACGACGACGUCAAUCACGCAGCUGAAACUCGGAUUCAUCUCGUCCGACUUUGGUCUCCAUCCUGUUGCAACCCUUGUGCGGGGCCUCGUGUCCUAUCUUGAGCGCGAUUCUCGCUUCGAGGUCUACUGCUUUGCCCUCUCGGACCAAGGCAGCUGGUGGCGUUCCAACAUCACAGACGGGGUCCAUGCCAUGGUGUCGCUCACGGGCUUGAGUACGGUGGAGGCUGCUACGACGAUUCAUGCCCACGGUAUCCACGUCUUGGUCGACCUCAACGGCCAUACGCUGCACUCGGGACUGCCGAUCCUGAGCCAUCGCCCCGCGCCGGUCCAGAUGAGUUUUCUCGGCUUUCCGCAAACGACGGGCGCCAGCUUUAUCGACUACUUUGUCGUCGACGCGAUCGCGUCACCGCCUCGCAUGGCCAAUAGCUUUUCCGAAAAGCUUGUGUACCUUCCGCUGAGCUACAUUGUCAACGAUCACAAGCAGCUCAUGUUCCACGUGACGUCGCAAGCCCCACCCUCGCGCGACGACGCCAAGCUGCCCGCCUCGCCCUUUGUCUUUGCCACCUUUAGCAACUGGCAAAAAAUGGACCCGACGCUCUUUGGCGUCUGGAUGCGCGUGCUGCGUCGCGUCCCAUCGAGCGUUCUCUGGUUCAUGCAGUACUCGGGACACGAGGCAGCGCGGGCCAACUUGGUGGGCGAAGCAGUCGCCCAGGGCGUCGACGGGUCGCGCUUGGUCUUUACGGCGCUGAGUCCAUGGAUCAAUCAUACGUGGGUCAAACAAGCCGCUGAUGUCGUGCUCGACACGACGUUCAAGAACGGACAUACGACGCUCGUCGAUGCGCUUUGGGCAGGCGUCCCCGUUGUGACGCUCGAAGGCGACCGCAUAAGCAAUCGCGCUGGCAGCUCCGCCACGGCCUCGCUGCACCACGAGCUCCACGCUGUCAUGACGACCCACUCGCUGAAAGAGUACGAAGACACGGCGGUCUUACUCGCCCAGUCGCAUGCCCUCCGUCGGCGCCUCCGCGAUGCUAUUCAAAGCAACCGGACACAAAGUCUUCUCUUCGACACGCAAGCGUUUGCCACGUACUUUGGCGACGCCAUGGUGGCGGCGUGGGACCGCAAAGCCGAGCGUCCGACGCACAUCGCCGUGCCCUUGUUUGCACCCCGAGCUCCGUCGACACCGCCCACCAGGCAUGCUCCGACGCCCAGAAAGCCAACACUCGACCAAGCGCCGAUCUUGCUGCACAUUGGCGGCCACGCACAGCGCGACGGCUGGCAACUUGUCAACAUUCAGCACGUUGGCGCGACGAUGCCCGAUGCGAGAAGCGACAUGCCGUCGCUGCACCGAUUCGCCACGAGCUCGGUCACGGCCAUUUACUCAUCGCAUGCACUCGAACACGUCGGGCACGGCGCCGACGCGUCGUAUGCGGUCACCAAAGCGCUUGCCGAGUGGUUUCGUGUCCUUGUACCGGGCGGCGCGCUCUACUUGUCGGUGCUCGACUUGAGCGUGCUUGCCUCACUGCUCCUGGACCCGACGCUGACGCUGUUAGAGCAGCACCGCGUGAUGCGCAUGAUCUACGGCGGCCAAGACGACGCCUACGACUACCACAAGGUCGGGUUUACGCUCCCGAUUUUGCGCAGCUACCUGCUCGACGCGGGCUUUUGCAGAGUCCAGCGCGUCCGUUCGUUUGGUCUCUUUGCCGACACGAGCGACCAAGUGUACCACGGCCGCGCCAUCAGCCUCAACGUCGUUGCGACUGCGUGCAAGCUCGGCGUGGCCGUGGAUGUAACCCUACCCACGAUCAAGUACUGGACCGACUAGCCAUUUUGUUUCUCCUUUUUAAAUGUUUAAAUGUGUAUUGAUACUUGA